CGAUAUGGAUGGAAAAAGUCAAUAAUUGGACUGCACUGAGAAACCAACAGCUGGAAGUGUUUUAAACAGUGACAACGUCGAAGACGGCGCGAUACAAUUCGUUACCACAGCAUACGAGGAAGAACCACUUUGCUUCGAAGGGUACCAUUCGCUAAACAGGGGCAACAUGAAUGUAAUCCGUGCGAUACAGUUGUACAUCGAAAAGAUGAUUACCGAUGCGGGACCGGGAAUGAAGAUGCUCAUGAUGGACCGGGAAACGAUCAGCGUCGUUUCGAUGGCUUUCGCCCAGUCGGAGAUGCUGCAGAAGGAGGUAUUUCUUUUCGAACGCAUCGAUACAACCCGCUCGAACGAACGGCUCAAGUAUCUGAAGUGCAUCGUUUUCAUACGCCCGACGCGCGAUAACGUGCUCCGACUCCAGCGAGAACUUCGCAGCCCGAAAUUUGGCUCCUAUUUCAUCAAUUUCAGUAACAUUAUUCCCCGCACGGACAUUAAAUCGCUGGCCGAAAGCGACGAAAGUGAGUCGGUGCGCGAGGUGAAGGAAAUCUACGCCGACUAUCUGCCCGUCAAUCCGAACCUCUUCUCGCUGCACAUUCCCAGCUGUCUCCAUGCGCUCAACUGGAAUCCGGAUGCGCUCGACCGGGCCACACAGGGUCUGGUCAGUGUGCUGCUAUCGUUCAAGUUCCGGCCUGCCAUACGCUUUCGGGCAGGAUCGACGGCCGCCCAAACGCUUGCGAAAAAGGUACACGAAACGAUCAACAAAGAGACGGCCCUGUUUAGCUUCCGGCCACCGGAGGAUGGAGCUGCCCCUCCGCUAUUGCUCAUCCUUGAUCGGCGCGACGAUCCAAUCACACCGCUGCUAAACCAGUGGACCUAUCAGGCGAUGGUGCACGAACUGCUUACGAUCACCAAGCAGCGUGUCGAUCUGUCCGGUGUUUCGGGUGUUCCGAAAGACCUUAAGGAGGUGGUACUAUCCACCGAGCAGGACGAGUUUUAUGCCAAAAAUCUGUACGCAAACUUUGGCGAGAUCGCCACCACGAUCAAGGUGCUGAUGGACGAGUUUCAGCGGAAGGCGAACGAUCAGCGUAAGAUCGAAAGCAUUGCCGAUAUGAAGAACUUUGUCGAAACGUACCCACAGUUCCGCAAGAUGUCCGGCACGGUUACGAAGCAUCUCGUGCUGAUAAGCGAGCUGUCGGUGCAGGUUGGACGCCAGCAGCUAUUCGAGGUGUCCGAACUGGAGCAAGAGAUUGCCUGCCGGGCCGAUCAUUCGACGCAGUUGCAGCGCGUGAAGCGGCUCGUGGCAGAUGGAAAGACGACCACCGCGUGGAAUGCGCUUAGGCUUGUGUUGCUGUACGCGAUGCGUUACGAACGGCACGCAAACUGCGACACGUCCGGGUUGCUGAAGCUGCUACAAGAUCGUGGAGGCAAGGCUCACAUUGUACCGAGGAUGCUCGAAUACAUAAGCCCGGUGGCGCGACAGGAACUGUUCAACACGGUAAAGAUUACCGAUGCGGUGAAACUGACGCGCAACCUUAUAAAGGAACUGAAAGGCGUCGAGAACGUUUACGCGCAACACGAGUGCGUUCUGAAGGGAACACUCGAAGAGGUGAUCAAGGGUCGGCCACUCGAUGCACAGUAUCCGAUCAUGGGCAACGAGCUACCCUUCCGGCGACCACCGGCAGAAGUGAUCGUUUUCAUGAUCGGAGGUACCACGUACGAGGAAUCGCUUGCGGUUCACCGGUACAACCAGGAGGGCCAUCGGAUCGUGCUUGGGGGAACGACCAUCCACAAUUCGGAGUCGUUCAUCGAGGAGGUACUGGCGGCCACCACUGGCGUACCGUUCAAGCAUUCGCGAUCGCUGCAGCAAUUCCAUCAACCAGUCGCCGGCACGGCUUAGGGACAUACUGCACAUAGUAUUAGUGCAAGGUAUUUAUUCGGAUAGAGGAAACAUUGAACAGACUACGCAACGACCGUACUAUAAUGUUGCUAAAAUAUUAAUAUUUAAUUAAUUCCCCAAUAAAA